UUUUGCUCAGCUGAGUGACCUUGCAGUGUUUGUAAACAGACACACGUUGUCACACGGAUUUUCAAGUUGAUUGUCUCUAAAAAAUAUUCAAGUUGUUUAACAAAGAAAUAAGUGUUAUAAUUAAUUAUCAAUAUUAAUUGGAUUCAUCUUAAAAAGUGCAAUGGAGGUGGAGCAUAUGUGUAUCGUUGACAACGAGAUGGAAGGAACUCGUGGUGACCGGAAAGAGGGGGGCAAGCGAGGACGCAAGCCCGGAAGGAAGGCAUCCGACAAGGCGGACAUGAGAGCCAAGCUUGAACGCAGUCGACAGAGUGCGAGGGAGUGUCGAGCUCGUAAAAAGCUUAGGUACCAGUACUUGGAAGAACUCGUAUCCGACAGAGAAAAAGCUGUUCUCGCCCUCCGCAAAGAGCUUGACGUGUAUCGAGGAUGGGGAUCGGAAUUGGACGCUGGACGUAUUCCUGAAGGACUUCAAACAAUGCUAGAAGAAUUUGGAGCUCUAAAAACCGAAAGAAACAUCAAUUAACUGUUAAAGCAUUUUACCUCAACAAGAAAUACUUCACUACUUUAACUCCAGCAGUUGCUGGACACUGGAAUAUACACAUACUUAUUUUUAUAACAAAAAUUUUAUUCUUUAUUCAUUCAAUUUUAUAAAUUACAUAGUAUUUUUGUUUUUUUUUUUUUUAAUUUAAAUUAUUUUUUUUUUCUAAAAGAAAAAAUAUAUUUGUAAUGAAAUGUAAUGCAACAAUUUUUUAAAAAUAAUUUAAAUUACUUUUCAACUAUUUUUUUUUCUGUUGCUAGUGGAGACAAAACAUAGAAUAAAAAUGAAUAUUAAACUGAAAAACAAAUCAUCAUUUUGCCUUAAAAUGCUCGAGGAUUUGCGUCAACGAGUUAAAACUCCAACAAAGAACCAACAAGAAAAAAAAAAAAAAAUUAUUAUUACGUUAGAGAUUGUAUCUCACUUUAUUUUUACAGCAUGGAAUUUCAAUGUUUGCACUGGUAUUGCAAAGAUACUUUUAUGCACAUCCUGCGAUCGCUCAGAGACAAAUAAAAAUGAGUAAAAAAAAAAAAAAAA